UGCCUGGUACCACACGCUCUGGUGUCCUGGUGGUGCUGCUGGAGGUUGCUGGUGGCGACGGUCGUGCUGGUGGCGACGCUGCUAUCACCAGUUGCGACGUUGAGGCAUCACUGCACGGAGAAAGUGCUAACGAGUCAAUCGUAGACAGUGCAUCUGAAACAAAACGCUUGUACAAUGUUUGUUAAUGCACAAAUAACAGAAACACAAAUCAAACUAGCAACAAUAACCAAUCCAGAACUUUUAAAUAAUAAUUGAAUAGGCAUACAUGUAAAAAAAAAAAAAAAAAAAAAAAUAAAGCUUUACAGUAUAGAUGGUCUCCCAUUGCUCGCAGGUCGACUUCCGUAGAUAGCGUCCAUUUAGUCGAACCACUUCCACGUUCUUCUGUUUGUACCGAACCGUAUUGUACCAUGCAGUGUAAACGCCAAUACUUAGCUCACACACACUUUCACAGAUCUGUGCCAGUCUCUUUUCCAGGUUUCCCUACCAUGUGCCAACAUGUCUCACACUGAUGAUCCCGUCACCCACUGGGAAGACUUAGCAAACUGGUUAAGUGUCGUGACAUGCAGCCUGAUGCCCAAAGCUGCUGACAACCUACGACAGCACACGCAAGGACAACUGAUGCCAAAAUCUCUGACAUCAUGACACAGGAUCCAUACUGCAGCUACAACCACAAAGAGAUUGCAAAGAUCACUGGCAAGAAUUGGAACAAGCUAUGGCUGCCCAAGAUAAUCUUGCCAACAAGUUACAGUAUGCAGAGCAGCUACUGGAAAAAGCCAAGGCUGACUUCAGAGACAAGAACAGCCGAAUAAAGGCCCUUGAAAACCAUCUUGAAAGGUCACGAAAUCAGAUCAGCGGCUUGACUCAACAGCUUGACUAUGUAAAAGAAGAAUCUGGCUCAAUCAGUAAGAACUCAAGCAUGCUUAUGAGCUGCACCCUGAUCCAACCAGGACAAGGCGUCCUCUGGUCUCACCCCUGCCCAGCAGAGCUGCAUCCCCUAUGCUGGGAUUGCCACGUCAAAGAGAAAGUGAAGAAUCACCAGCCCUAUUCAGCUCUCAUGGAGGAGCACUACCCUGCUGACAAGAGAAGGGGGCCUCUCCGAACCGACUAUAAAGCGGCACAUGGCCUGGAACUCAAACCAUAUGUCAUACCUUGACAAACUGACCAGAAACAUCAACAAAUUCACCCCAAAUGUUGCAGGAAGUCAAGAUGUCCUGGCCUACCUGCAAGAUAUCUACUUCCACUUGGAAAUGAGAUCCAACGUGACAGACAGAGACAGACUCUAUUUGCUUCGAACAACAUCCAGUCCUUUGGUGCAAUUUUUUUUUUGGAUAGACAGCCUAUUACACACCAAGUCAGACUUCCACCUCCUCCGAGAAGCCCUACUUAAAGAAUUUGCAGACCUAGAGGCAGACCAAGGAUUGAUGGCCGCCCAAGAAACCAAACAAGGCCAGCAUGAGACACCCAAAGCCUUUUACAACAGACUCAGACGAGAGUACUUUGUUGCACACAAUGAACCCGACAUGGAGGAGGACUUAAACUUCAAAACCCUCUUCCUGAGAAACCUCCACCCUGGAGUAAGCCACCACCUAGGCGUCAUGACCUGCCCCCACACAAUGACUACACAACAGUUGAGGGAUUUGGCCCACAAAGCCUAUGGCAAACAAAAGAUGGCCUCAGAAAAGGGAACCAAAAUACCAGCAUUUUGUGAUUUCAAUACUCAACAUCAAGGAUUAGCCCCAGAGGGCCCCCAGCAUCAUGAAAGCACCAAUCUGCCACCUAAAGAACAAAGACGGUCCUCCUUCAGAAAAGAAGGAGACAUGACAUGACAUUCAGCCAAGUAUGGUAACCCAUACUCAGAAUUCGUGCUCUGCAUUUAACUCAUCCGAAGUGCACACACACAGAGCAGUGAACACACACACACACACACACUGUGAACACACACCCGGAACAGUGGGCAGUCAUGUAUGCUGAGGCGCAAGCAGUUGGGGGUUCGAUGCCUUGCUCAAGGGCACCUAAGUUGUGGUAUUGAGGGUGGA